CUCUCUCUCUCUCUCUCUCUCUCUCUCUCUCUCUCUCUCUCUCUCUCCUCCACGCUGCUUUGAUUUCGCUCUUGCCUCUCCUUGCGCACGGCCGGGAACAUCGCCUCUCCGGGGGCAGGGGGGCAGCAGCGGUGCGCUGCGGAGCCGGGCAGGAGCUGCCUGCGGGGCAUGGAAGAAGCCUCUCUGGCGGCCUCGACAGGAGCGAGAGGAGCGAGCGCGCGCCGCUGCCUGUGACCCAGGCGUCGCCGCUGCCCCUCUCCCCGGGGGAGCACAUCCACCCAGAGGUCUCUCCCUUUCCUCCCUUCCAGGUCGUCCUCUGCAGAGCCCAGUGGAGCCAGUCCCCACAGGAGCCAAGCCAGAGGGGAGCAUGGAGCUGCUGUCCACACCCCACAGCAUCGAGGUCAACAACAUCACCUGUGACUCCUUCCGCAUCUCCUGGUCCAUGGAGAACAGUGACCUGGAGAGGGUCACCCAUUACUUCAUUGACCUGAACAAGAAGGAGAACAAGAACUCCAACAAGUUCAAGCACCGGGAUGUCCCUACCAAGCUUGUGGCCAAGGCCGUGCCACUGCCCAUGACAGUGAGAGGCCACUGGUUCCUGAGCCCCCGCACAGAGUACAGCGUGGCCGUGCAGACCGCCGUGAAGCAGAGUGACGGGGAGUACCUGGUGUCCGGCUGGAGCGAGACGGUCGAGUUCUGCACCGGGGAUUAUGCCAAGGAGCACCUGGCCCAGCUGCAGGAGAAGGCUGAGCAGAUUGCAGGCCGCAUGCUCCGCUUCUCUGUCUUCUACCGCAACCACCACAAGGAGUACUUCCAGCACGCCAGGACCCACUGCGGGAACAUGCUACAGCCCUACCUGAAGGACAACAGUGGCAGCCACGGCUCCCCCACCAGCGGCAUGCUCCACGGGGUCUUCUUCAGCUGCAACACAGAGUUCAACACAGGCCAGCCACCUCAGGACUCCCCCUACGGCCGCUGGCGCUUCCAGAUCCCCGCCCAGCGCCUUUUCAACCCCAGCACCAACCUCUACUUUGCGGACUUCUACUGUAUGUACACAGCUUACCACUAUGCCAUCCUGGUGCUGGCCCCCAAGGGCUCCCUGGGGGACCGCUUCUGCCGUGACCGCCUGCCCCUCCUGGACAUUGCCUGCAACAAGUUCCUGACCUGCAGCGUGGAGGAUGGGGAGCUGAUCUUCCGCCAUGCCCAGGACCUCAUCCUGGAGAUCAUCUAUACCGAGCCUGUUGACCUGUCCCUGGGCACCCUGGGGGAGAUCAGCGGGCACCAGCUUAUGAGCCUAUCCACUGCUGACGCCAAGAAAGACCCCAGCUGCAAGACCUGCAACAUCAGUGUGGGCCGCUAGGGACUCCUCGGGAGCUGGGGGGCUAGGGAGAGACGACAGGAAGGGUGGCGAUGGGUGGCAUAGGUUCAGGGAGUUGGCUUUCUCUCCCUUGCCCCCCGCUCCCUCCACGCCACCACCUCCCCCUUUCCCACCCCUGGCUCUGGAGUCAACAGAGGGUGUUCCCUAGGUAGGCGUGGCCUAUUCACCCCCAGUGGACUUGGGAAGGCUUCUUAGCCUCCGCAGGUUGGUGUAAGGAGGGUAGAUUUCUGGAGAUUUCCCCAUUCCUGGUUUCCCUGUCCUGCUGUUUCUUGCUUCAUCCCAGCCUCCACCUCACGGAGACUUGCAGCCUGGGGGUUCUCCUUGAGCAGCCUUGACUGGACGAAGCCCACGUGUGGCUUGCCCACCCCCAGGUGUGCUGCAGAGAGCUGCGGGGUGCUCCUCUACAGCCCCGCCCACCCCACUCAGGGCCACUCACAGAACACCCCACCCCAGUGUGCUGGCCCUGGGGGCUUCCCACUCCAGGCCUGGCCCUGUCCCCCUAUACAUAGUCUCCUGCACCGCUCUGCCCCCCAGCUGCUCCCUGACCCCCAGCACCCUCUUCCUGCAUGGGGAGAGCUGUCCCUCCCCCCCUCCACCUGCCCUCUAGAAAGGGGCUGUCUUUCUCCUUUAGGCUUUGGGGGCUCCGGGCUGUUGGGACUUUGCCUUUCUCCUCUGGAGAUGAUGAAUAUCCCAGCGAAUCUUCUCCUUUGCUCAGAGUACUGAGGUCUGCAACGGCGGCCACUGGGGUCGAGGAGGGGGAGAGAGACCCCUGAGACCCAGAGGUACCCCUUCUCUGUCCGCCAAAAGUGGGCCUCCUCGAGCCCUGAGGGGACCCAGCAUUGAACUAGAAGAGCCCUGGCACCCUGCCUGACUGUGCGCUUUGCUCGCUCUGCCUCGGUGCCGUGACUGCACUGUGCCCGCGUGUGAUCUGGACUGUGGCUCCCCUGCCACCACACCUCACGCUUGCCCACUGGCACUGUCCACUCCCCACCGCGAGGCUUUUGGCGGAGAGCCCCUUCCCUGGGGAGUUCUUGGUGAAGUCUUCCUGGGCCUCCCAGUGUUUUCAUCUAUUUCCUCCUUCGGUCUGGGUCAUGAGGGUAAUAAGGGUGGACCCCUGAGAUAAGUGGACCAGGUCGGGGUCUGGUGGAGGUGUGGAUGGAGGCCGAUAGCUGUUUGGGGGAUCAUGGAGGUGACAUCAGGUAGAGUGACAGCCAGAUUUCCGUAAUGAAGUACAGAAGGGGCCAGAAGGCCAACAAGGCCAUAUCUCAGUAAGAGCGCAGGUGGGACAGCUGGUCGCCUCUUGUAUAGCCACAGGGAGUGGUGUGGUCAGCUGUCUCUGUGGCAUGGAGCAGGUCUGGGGGCCCUGUGAGAUGCAUGGAGGAGAGGACACGGGCCCCUAGGCCUUUUCCCCUUCUGCUGACAGCAUUGCUGUGGGGUGGGGGUGGCCCACUGCUCUCCCCUGGCCCUCUGUCUCCCCUGAGCUGGGGGCACACCCGCCUGUGUUGUGCUUGCGACUUGCAUCAAUAAACCACCAUGGCCUGAGA